GGUUUCCCCCAUUUCUUCUCCUCUCUCUCAAGGAUGGCUGACAAGAGCAUACUUCCGCUCCACGUCCCACCAUAUAAAUACAAACCCUUUCCCUCUCUUCAUCUCGCCACCAUCAACAAACACAACCAAAAAGCCAAUUCUCAAUCCAUUCAACUGUUUCCACAUUCAAGUACACCAAAGUUCUAUUGAAACAGAGCCAUGUCGAGCACCAAGGGUCAAGUCAUUCGCUGCAAAGCUGCGGUCGCUUGGGAGGCAGGGAAGCCAUUAGUGAUCGAAGAAGUGGAAGUCGCACCUCCACAGGAGAAUGAAGUUCGCAUCAAGAUCCUCUUCACCUCACUCUGCCACACCGAUGUCUACUUCUGGGAAGCGAAGGGCCAAACCCCAAUGUUCCCUCGAAUCUACGGCCAUGAAGCUGGAGGGAUCGUGGAGAGCGUGGGCCCCGGAGUGACGGACCUGGCUCCCGGGGACAAAGUUCUGCCGGUGUUCACCGGGGAAUGCAGAGAGUGCCGUCACUGCAAGUCCGAAGAGAGCAAUAUGUGCGAUCUUCUCAGGAUCAACACCGACCGCGGAGUGAUGCUCGCCGACGGCAAGUCCAGGUUCACCAUCGACGGCAAUCCGAUUUACCAUUUCUUGGGGACCUCUACCUUCAGCGAGUACACCGUCUGCCACGUUGGCAGCGUCGCGAAGAUCAACCCCGACGCGCCUCUCGACAAAGUCUGCGUCCUCAGCUGCGGUAUCUCUACAGGUCUUGGAGCGACUUUGAACGUUGCAAAGCCAAAGAAGGGACAGUCAGUUGCCAUCUUUGGGUUAGGAGCAGUGGGCCUUGCUGCUGCUGAAGGUGCAAGGCUUUCUGGAGCUUCCAAGAUUAUCGGGGUAGAUUUGAACACCAGCAGAUUCGAGCAAGCCAAGAACUUCGGUUGCACAGACUUUGUGAACCCGAAGGACCACGACAAGCCGGUUCAACAAGUGAUCGCUGAGAUGACCGGCGGAGGAGUCGAUCGCAGCGUGGAAUGCACAGGAAGCGUGCAGGCCAUGAUCUCCGCAUUCGAAUGCGUUCACGAUGGAUGGGGAGUUGCUGUGCUAGUGGGCGUCCCGAACAAGGACGACGCCUUCAAAACCCACCCGGUGAACUUCCUGAACGAGAGGACGCUGAAGGGGACCUUCUUCGGCAACUACAAGCCUCGGACCGACCUUCCUUCCGUUGUCGAGAAGUACAUGAACAAGGAGCUGGAAGUGGAGAAGUUCAUUACUCACUCGGUGCCCUUCUCCGAGAUCAACAAGGCGUUCGAGAUCAUGCUGAGGGGAGAAGGGCUGAGGUGUAUCAUUCGCAUGGAGGACUAGACAGGGACGAAGAACAGAGAAACAGAGAGUCCAUUGAACAUUAAUAUGUGUUGUUAUUGUUGGAGUUCAACUGGUUGGUUUCUGGAUUUCUUUGUGUAUGUAUGGAGUGAUUCUGUCUUUUUUUUAAGUACUCUUGUUACUGUUAUGCUUAG